CCAUCUUGGAUCACGCGAGCUUUGUUUGCGCCAACUUCAUGCAACAGUCGCAUUUCUCUACUUUUUCGCGAGAUUGUCGCUUCUCGUUCGCACUGUGUCUGUCCUGAAUCCGAAACGAAAACAACGGUUUGCUUUUCUCGUGGAAAAUUUGUCGCUGAGUGUACUGGCGUGGACGUAGCAGGAGCCACUUCUUGGUGGUUGCCUAAGCCCUGACAUCCCGAGCACGAGUAUAGCGAACGAUGGUGGACUAUUACAAGGUACUCGAGGUGCAACGAACCGCCACCAGCGGGGACAUUAAGAAAGCGUACAGAAAAUUGGCAUUAAAAUGGCACCCAGACAAAAACCCGGAGAACCUGGAAGAAGCGAACAGAAGAUUCAAAGAGAUAUCGGAGGCGUACGAAGUGCUCAUUGACGAUGCGAAGAGACGAACCUACGACCAACGAUUGUAUCAGAAGGCGUCCUCGAGGCCCGGCCGUGGAUUCACCCGGAGUUACUUUGACUCUCCUUUCCAGCGAUUUUUCGAGAAGAAGAGACGAGUCUACGAUCAGUAUGGAAAGGAAGGUCUUGACAUGCCAUCUGGCAAGAGGCCACACAAGGAUGCCUUCGACUCAUACUUUGCUAGUACCUUCGUGUUCAGAGAUCCUGAGGAAGUAUUUAGGGAAUUCUUUGGCGGUUCUGAUUUUGGGGAUUUACACAACUUCCAUUGGGGUAGUCCAAGCAGUACCAGCAUAAGUACAUCCUUCUUCGGCCCCUUCGAUAACCUCCUUGGAGGUUCGUUAAGAAACUUUACAUCGUUCAAUACGUUCACAAAUUUCGGAGGAACCAGCGGCAGUGGCGGCGGUGGCGGUGGCGGUGGCGGCGGCGGUGGUGGCGGCGCUAUCAAGAGGACAAGUACGUCAACUAGAUUCAUCAAUGGCAAAAAGAUCACCACCAAAAAAGUUUACGAGAACGGGAAGGAGACUGUAAUGUCCUACGAGAACGACGUUCUGAAAUUCAAGAUGGUGAACGGUAAUUGAGAAAUUCCUGUCGUCAUUCACGUCUGCGAGUAACAUCACUGCGAUCUACCGAGACGUUGUUCCUGCUACUAACUACCUGACAGAGAGACAAACAAAGAAUAGAGAAAAAAACAGCAUAAUCGUUCAUUCUACGUGUCGCCGCGGUUAUUCCACGUUCCAUAUUCAGAUCUCUUCUCUUCUUCAUCCGAACCGGCUUCUCUCACUUCUCUUGUAAUUCUCUUCUGUUGUCAUUUUCGUUCCUGUAACACGAUGUAUCGCAGGUCGGGGCACCUUUUC